AUGGCGGCUGCCAUGGCCUUAUCCUUACGUCGGGGCUUUGGGCCGAGGAAGAGGAUUUGCUUUCGUUCCGGCCGUGUCGCUUCCUUGGGGUGGCGGGGCGGCUCAGUGAGGUCCAGUAGUUCGGAGGCGGUGUACGAUGUGGUGGUGUCAGGCGGUGGCAUGGUCGGAAGCGCCAUGGCUGCUGCACUAGGAAAUGAUUCUCAUCUCCAUGAAAAGAAAAUCCUGCUACUUGAAGCUGGCCCCAAGAAAGCAACUAACCGGUUGCCCAAGGGUUAUAGUAACCGAGUCAGUGCUAUAACUCCUGGCUCAGCCACACUUCUUAAUAGCUUUGGUGCUUGGGAUCAUAUUUGCAGUAUGAGAAUCAAGCCUUUUCAGCGGAUGCAGGUGUGGGAUGCUUGUUCUGAAGCCAUGAUAAUCUUUGAUAAAGAUAAUCUGGAAGAAAUGGGAUAUAUAGUAGAGAAUGACGUUAUCAUGUCUGCUUUAACCAAACAACUGGAUGCCAUGUCAGACCGAGUGGAAGUUCUCUACAGGAGCAGAGCACUUGGGUACACCUGGCCCCUUCCCUAUCAAACCUGUGACUCAAGCCCUUGGGUUGAAAUUGAUUUAGCAGAUGGACGCAGACUUCAGACCAAACUGCUGAUUGGUGCAGACGGGCAGAAUUCCAUGGUCCGGAAGGCAGCUGGAAUUCAGAAUAUUCAGUACCAAUAUGAUCAGUCAGCAGUGGUUGCUACUCUUCACUUAGCUGAGGCAACAGAUAACAAUGUAGCGUGGCAAAGAUUUCUUCCCUCUGGACCAAUUGCUCUUCUCCCGCUGUCUGACACUGUCAGCUCUUUGGUCUGGUCCACGUCACAUGAACAUGCGUCUCAGCUUCAGAGUAUGGAUGAGGAAAGUUUUGUGGACUCUAUCAACUCUGCUUUUUGGAGCAAUGCAAAUCACUCUGACUUCAUUGAUACUGCUGGAUCCAUGUUCCGAUCUGCUGUUUCUCUGCUGAUGCCAUCAGUGUCUGUAGCUCGUCAGUUGCCCCCAAGUGUUGCAAAAGUGGAUCCAAAGAGCCGAGCCGUGUUCCCUCUUGGACUGGGGCAUGCAACCCAAUAUGUUCAGCACCGGGUGGCCCUUAUUGGGGAUGCAGCUCACAGAAUACAUCCUCUAGCUGGUCAAGGUGUAAAUAUGGGUUUUGGUGAUAUCACAUGUUUGAUGCAUCAUCUCAGUGCUGCAGCAUUUAACGGGAAGGACCUGGGCUCUUUAAGUCAUCUUCUGCAGUAUGAGCAAGAACGACAGAGACACAACCUUUCUAUCAUGGCUGCAGUUGACCUGCUGAAGAGGCUGUACUCUACAAGUGCAGCUCCUUUCGUGCUGUUAAGAACAUGGGGAUUGCAAACAACUAACGCAGCAACUUCAAUUAAAGAGCAGAUCAUGGCAUUUGCCAGUAAGUGACUGCCUUGUGAAGCUAGAUUUACUGUUCACUGUCAAUUGCU